CCUAUAUCCACAAUAGUAACCAUCUGCGACCGCUCGUCUCUUCUUUGAUUUUUUUUUCAAAGCUGGCAACAGAGGGUUCUUCAAACUAACUAAUGUCAAUCUCUCGAAUGGGCUGAUCCUUUGAGCGACUGUUAACAUGCAACAAUACAAGCUAUUUUGAGGCACACAACAAUGGUCAUUGAAGGCUUUCAGCAAGAAUGCGAUUGUCUAUGAGAACUUUGGCUUUCUGUCACUGAUUUUUUGAAGCAGCGAAUUUCCGGAUCAGCUGACUAUAUAAAGGCUUAGGAGUUCCUGAUCAAGACGGUCGCCUUCCAUGACCUGGACUUCUAGAAGCCAUUGCCCCCAAGCUCGCCUUCCUAUUCGCUUCACCAUAAUGUUAUCAAUAUUAAUCGCUUACAUGCGCAGGGGUCAGUCUGCGAAGAAGGAAGAGCAAUUCGCAAACUGGAAUGUUGAACUACUCGCCACGGCAAAUGCAAACCUUGCUCGACAGCUUCAAGGAGCAGAAAAAAAGAUCAAGAACCUCAAGGCGAGACUUGCAGAGUCUGACCUACUUGUCGCACAUGCUCAGUCGCGUAUGGGAGAUUUCAAUUACGUGGCUCUGCGGCUGGAAGACGACCUCUCGGAGAUGCCUGCUUCCUUGGUGAAUUCAGAGGCCGCCCAGUGCAUACACUGGAUUGAUGAUGUCUGGGUAUGUACAGGUAAGGAGUACCUCAAAGGCGCAGAGGAGGAGUGGAAAAGGGGAGAUAUUGAAGCUGCGCGCAGUACACUUGAGACUUCGCUCAUGGCCAGCUCGUGUAUAUCGGUAGCUGAAGUGCUCCAUUCUCGGGUCUUCCUUGCAGCUAUCCUGUAUGCCACUGGUAAGUACCAUGAAUCUCUUUGCCAAUUGGAUCGUGUGAUGAAUGAGAUCUCCGCCCGAAGCGAAGUUCGGCGGUUCCGAUAUAGGGAUAUUGUUGGCACCGCAUUCUUUAUUGAGGCGAUGAAUUUCAUGGCAAUGGACAGUUUUGAAAGAGCCUACUGGUCAUUCUCGAGAUCUCUGCAACAUCCAGGAUAUUGCCACAAAGCUCGGGAAUUUCAAAUCAAGGUCAUCGUGGACUUUACUCGACAACAAGCCUACGAGGAUGGUGCGUCGGAUUCUCUUUCUCUUCGUCCUAUGAAGAGCCUGGAUGAGCAUCUGCCAGUCCCAGCCAAUGUUGAUGACGACCCCUGUCAGUACCGAGUUUGGUGAAUUUCUUAUUACUUUUUUCAUGCUUCUAGAAUAGUUUCCUCACGAUUACUAACUUUCUUUCAUCAGAAAGCAUAAGAUCGAAUAGGUCGAUUAUCAUGUGCCGCAAACGCCCUCCAAAUAUGCAUGACCGAGUUUAGAUUUCAGUGCCAAUUUACUCAACAAAGUAAGAAUUGAUAACAUUAUAGACUCUGCCUGUAUGGGAGACAGACAAAUAGUCAAGUAUCUGCCUCGGUCGCUUGCUGGACACGAGAUAAGAAGUGAAGAUCUCCAGGUUCAAUUAGAUUGCCAAUCAAACUCCUAGG